AUGGCUACAUAUAUCUACCAGGAGUUCCUACCAGCUUCUGUCCUGAAGCGUCCUGGUACAUCCCACCCUCAUCUGCCCCCUCUCAGCCCAUCCAGCUUGGACAGCAUGUUCUUUUUGUCUUAUGUGGUUGUUUCAGUUUCUCCAGUCCAAGAAGCAUAUGGAUCCUUCCUCCCUGCCCCUUGCAACAUCUUCAUACCAGUCUCGUCCAUCAUUCUUCCAAAAUUGCGACAGCUACAGUAUAAUCUACUGUUCUCCACUCUCCCUGAUCGCAUCCAUGACGAGUAUGAUGCACAUCUUGCCUCCUUGUUGCAAGAUACAGCAGAAGACACUCCCCCUUCAUCCUCUCUUCCAACAGAGCCUUGUUCAUGAAGUUUUUAUUUGCUUCACUGAGAGGAUGGUUUGGGGGGGAAAGUUGCGAUCCCCUAUGCUCCUGUCACCCCACAGACCCCCAAAGCUUGACCCCUGUUGACAUCUGACUCACCCUGUCCACUUUUGGAUGUACUAUAUUGGCAUCAGAUCAGCGCUGCCUCUCUGUCAUCCCACUUUGGCCUAGAAGCGAUCUCUUCAAGAUGUGACAUGCACAGCCUCCCCCUAAUGUGAUUCCAGUGCACUUUCUUGGUUCCUGACAUUGCUUGACUCAUACUUUGACAUUCUGACUGUCUUUGACUCACCUAUUGCCAAUACUUACCAAUCUUUUGACUUUGCUUACUGAUUCUUCACCUUUUGGCUUACUUAUCCUUACCAAUGCUUACCAAUGCUUUCCAAGAUGAUUACCCAUC